CAUCAGCAUCUUCCGGGGGGCGCGCGGAGAAACGCGAGGGGGACGACGGAGAAAGAGACAGGAAGAGAGAGAGAGAGAAAGCGCGCGCGCAAGGGAGAGGAGACAUACUGGUUAAAGGCUACGACAAAAAAAAAAAACCAUGAUGAUAAUGGAGUCAAGGCGGUGGAGGAUGUCGGAUUUACGGGAAAGGACUGUUGAAAUUUGACAGAGGGCUCGCGUCAAAGAGAGCGUUUCAUUUUUGAUUUUUCGUAUUCUUGGUCUUCUUCAUUUGAUUUCCACACGCUUGCGUGGACGCUAGAGAAGCGAACGGCAGAGGAACAGCAGCACCCCCACGAAUGCCUCGGAAGGUAAAAACGGGCUCUACCGCUGGCGCCACAGGCACCAUCUCAUCCCCCCCCGGAUGGUGAUAAAGGACAUCCCGAAGAAAAGCUCCGGACUGAUGGAUGAGGAGGAACAUCAGCUUUAGCCCCCCCACACCCUCACCCCCACCAUCCACCUGACGAUUGGGAAAGGAAAUAAAUCCUAUUCUGAUGGAUUUUCUUUAGAUUUUUUUCCUCUUUUUUUUCUUUUUUCUUUUUUUUUGUUAAUCAUUUAUGGUGUAGCCCCAAGGAAAAACCAGCAAUGUUGAAUCACUGGUGUUGGUAAAUUAUUCAUCAGAGGUAGAAGUAGGCUAUGAUUUUCUAUUGCUUUAAUGUAGCAUUCCUUACAUUUCAUUUUUUUAUUUUUGUAACGUAUUGUCUUCUGGGGGUCGUAUACAUAUUUUCAGGUCCCAUGAUUUUUUAGGCCCAUUCCAGAGAGAGAGAGAGAAAGAGGGAGUGAGAGAGAAAACCAAAGCGGGGGAAAAUCUUAGCGCAAAGAGAGCUUUGGGAUAUUUAUGUGUCAAAUCUGUGUGGUGGGGUUUCUACAUAUUCAUAUAAUUUUUUCUUGUAAGAGUAAAGAAAGACAGAUUAAAGGUGUAAAAGACGGGGAAAAACAGCAAACAUGUUGCCUUCCCAAGAAGCCUCCAAGAUCUACCAUGACAACUACAUGCGCAACUCCCGGGCCAUCGGGGUUCUGUGGGCCAUCUUCACCAUCUGCUUCGCCAUCGUUAACGUGGUGGUGUUCAUCCAGCCCUACUGGAUUGGCGACAGCGUCAAGACGCCGCACAUCGGCCACUUCGGCCUUUUUCACUACUGCGUGGGCAGCGUGCAGGCGUCCAGCCGGGACCUCACCUGCGUGGGCAGCUUCUCCGACUUCGGCUCCAUCCCGUCGGGAGCCUUCAAGGCCGCCUCGGUAUUCGUGCUCCUGUCCAUGGUGCUGACCCUCAGCUGCAUCGCCUGCAUGGCGCUCUUCUUCUUCUGCAACACCUCCACCGUUUACAAGACCUGUGCCUGGAUGCAGCUGCUGUGCGGAGUGUGCCUGGUGCUGGGUUGCAUGAUCUUCCCCGACGGCUGGGAUGCGGAAGUGAUCCGGGAUAUGUGUGGGGAGCAUUCAGGGAAAUACUCUCUGGGUGACUGCUCAGUACGCUGGGCCUACAUGCUGGCCAUCAUGGGCAUCCUGGACGCCCUCAUCCUCUCCUUCCUGGCCUUCGUCCUGGGAAACCGGCAGACAGACUUCUAUCUGGAUGAUCUGCAGACAGACAACAAAGAUUUUGCUGUUUCGAGGAUUGAGGUACGAGACAGAAGAGAGCCGCGAUACGGAGUGCAACGUCUUCACUGAGGGCAACAAUGGCACUGAACAACUUCUCUCUUUCUCUUCUCUAUCUCUCCGCCCUCUAUUCUUCUUUCCUAUCCAAUGAUCAGGAUAUCACCCAAUUUCAAUGCAGACACCCCGUGUAUAGGAUUGUGUAAGAUAUAAAAAAAAAAAACUACAACAAACACGAGGAUAAACUAUAUUUUGAAAAAAAAAUAUAAGGUUGUACAGUGCAUUUAACGCUCAACUUUCUCAACAAAUACCUUUAUGAUGAAAAAUAUUUACUGUAUUUAAAGUCUUGAGUUUUUUUUUGUGUGAGAACUCCGAUCCCUAAGAUGAAGAACCAUAAGGUCUGUUUUUCAGUUGUUUAUUUAAAGUGUCGCUAUUUACUGACUUUGAGUUUGUGUGGUGUGUACAUUCAAAGCAUCAAACAACAGAUAAGUGGUACUCCUCGCACAGUUACAGUCAUGACUCGCAAUAUACCAGAACGUUCCAUUACUACACAUGUAAAAAAAAAUAAAAAAUUAAAAUAAAGGGACUCAUAUGGCUCUUCAUCUAAGGAUUUUUAAAUGUGAAGAAUUUAAAGGAGUACCCCAUUGCAGCUUUACAGAAUUUAACAUCUCUGGGAGAUUCUCUACUGUACAUACUAAACAAUGUAAAUAACAUAACUGCUGACGUGAACAGCCGACGACAAAACCUCAUCUGACUCCGAUGCAUUCGAGUAUAGUAUUUCUACCCUCCGUUUCAGUGUUCCUCGUGCUGGAAGGGCAUCUGAGUAUACGUUCGGAUUUGCUGUGUUCCCACGAUUCCCCACUACUGAUUUAGUGGGAUCACACAGAUGGGAAUAACACAGACCUCAUAGCUGGAAGAUCCACAGAGAAGCAGAGCACCGUGACUCGGAAUAAAUGUGUUUGAUCACCUUUUUUUUCUCUUUUUUUUUGAGGGGGGAAAAAAGAGACACUACUCCUGCUUCAACAUGGCCUCAAAAGAAGCUGCUUAUUGUAGAUUUCCACCCUCUAGUAUGUUGUCAAUUUUACCGUUGACUUGAGCUGCAACUGUCAUGUCGAAAAAUCUUUUAUUUGUGUUUCACUUGUUUGUGUCAUCUCACAAUCCCCCUCUCUUCAGUGUGCAGUUUACUCCAGUUUAUGGUUCCAGCAUACAGUGAUCAGUUUACGCUACAGAUGUCUUAAGACUGUGUGAAUAUGACUGCUAGUGCUGGCCCCAAGUGCUGCAUUAAGGCCAUGUCACAUAUGCCUCUUUAAAACAGAAAAUCCCCGGUGGGACAACCAUCUGCUAUAAAAAAAAAAGUUUAAAAUUUAAAUAAUAAUAAAACCAGCUAGAGCAGCAAAAAGACAAAGGUAGACACUUCCUGACUUAAAAGCAUUUCAACACUUCAGUGAACACAUAGUUCUUCAUGAAUAAGGAAAAAAGGUGAAUGAGUGAAUGUGCUAAACUUGAUUUUAAAUUAUUUAUGCAAUUACUAAAGCGAUGGCUUGGAUUUUAUUUUUAAAGUGAAGUGCUGUGAAGUUAUCAGUAAUGUACCUAAAGUAAGAAAGUUUGUGUUGAUUUGAAUAUUUCUUUAUCCCAGAAAUGCUUCUAAGCCAUAAAUUCCUUUAAGUUAAUUAAUUUUCCCCUUAAAUUGUACCAAAUUUGGAAAUAAAAGGCAUUUUAGGGUUGAGCAUCAGAGCUCUGUAUGUGGGUUAGGCCAUGAAUAGCUAGCCAAGUCCUUUAUGCUAAAGCUUAUUUUGCUACUGCCUGCAGUUCAGCUUCCAUUAAGGCAUUGAAAGAUUGAAGUCUGAACAAACAAGACAUACAGAGUAUUUGUAGCUUACCAAUUUAAUACAAGGACCUCAACAACAACAGACUUGUAAGUCCUUGUUAAGCUGGAUGCCAGCUUGGUCAGACACUGCUGUGGGAUGGCAUCUGAUUCCUCAACUAGCCAUUGUCAUCAGUCAGCCAGUGUGGUUGUAUUGGUCACCCUGGUGUUAAUGGGACGCCCUGGCUGAUCCUACAGGUGCUUGCGUUGCAGGCAGACCAUUACAUCCUCUCCACUCCCAGAGUUUAAAUGUAUUUUCUGGUAAAUCUGCCUCUGGAGUACCCUGGUAAAAAACCAGCCCUUUGAGAAACAAUUGUUUCCAGGAGGCUGUGGACUCUGUUGAAGUUUUAAAUUUUAACCAUUUUCCACUGUGGAGAGAGAAAUGCUGCACUUUUAAUGCUAAUUCAAUAUUUGGGUUGGGGUUAGCCAGACUACAACUCUAAAACGGCACAGAAAAUCAAGGUUAUCAUCCACAACUUCUUCGGUUCGCUGUCUGACCCGGCAGAAACUCUACCGGAGCUGUUAGCAAGAUCUGAAUUUAGCAGAAUAGUGCAAGAAAGCAAUGGCUGGGCUAAUUCUGGAGGUAAGCAUUGACAUUUUGGAGGACAGAAUUUGAUCCCUAAGAGGGGAGAUGUGGAGAUUUUCACUGAUUUUUAAAUAGCAUUUUGAUAUGUCUCUACACUGAGAUUGCCUUUAACGAUGACAAGCCUUGGUUUUCCAGUGAGGGUCAUGCUGCCCUACACCAUACACACUGCCUCCAUCAGAAACAGACUGGCCUUGGCUGAGUAGGACAGAGAACAUUAUCAUGAGUGUGACGCAGGUCCUCAACUCUACAACAAUUUAGGGGGAAAAAAUGCCAAGAAGCAUUAUUUUAAAAAAAACAAUGACCAAACAUAAAUCUUCUUACUAACUAACCUGUUUAGUUAAUUACCUAUUGUAGACAUUAAAUUCUAUGUCAAUUUAGUUCUUAGAAAAAUAAAGAACUUAUCUGACCCACUCAAGGCUUGCAGCUAGCCUGGCGGAUUAGCCUUAGAUAACUUUAACCAUUUAAAACAACAAAAUAAACUAGUUUAAUCUGUGGGAUGCAAAGCUGCUAUAGAGGACAUUAAAUGUUACAGUUUCACAAGUUACCAUUCUCUUUUUUUCACCUAAACAAUGUGUUUCUGCGCUAAAGUUACAUUGGUUGAGGUUGUUGGAUGAGACAAUGGGACUCGUCAACUUUUUUAAGAGGGAAGUAAACCAUUACAUUUUGCAACCUGUCAUUUCAGCAACUUUAUCAAAAGAUGUGGUUCUUGCAGGUCUUACAGGUCUCAAAGUGGUUUGGGAAUGAUCCCAUUUGGUUUGAUACUUUGCCAAAGUAACUUUAGCAACUUUAGUUUGGCUACAAAAACAAGAAAUAAACAUUACUGACUUCUGAAUAUGUACCAGUUAAUAUCUACUAAUGUAGCACUGCAUCACAUGGUAUUAAGAUUUUCAGUUUGAGUUUUUUUUUUUUUAUUUAUUUUAUUUCUAAAAUUAGCUAAAGUGGGUGAAGAUCUUUCUUAAUAGCUACUAGCUAACUGCUGUUAAAGGACAUCUAUACCACAAAGGCAACAAACUGAUAACUUACAGAUCCAAGCUAUUGCUUUAUGGGGGAAAAACACAUUUUAACACAACAUUGAGGCAAACGCUGAUAAAUUAGCUCAUUUUAAACAUUUUGCAUCAAGUCCUGUUUUUCUCCCAUCAUCUUUAUUUAGGAACAUUAGUGAAACACAAGAUGAUAUUAACAAAGUAAAAUAACCUCCCUCAUUUUUAAACUUUUUACUUAAUGAUUGUUUUUCGACACUCCCAUUUUUUCGAAGUUAUUUAGAUUCAGAAAACCUGCUAGAAAUUACUUAUUUUAUUUUAAUCAGGGCCCGUGUUUGUGAGAACAACACAUUAAAUGCUAUACUAUACUUUCAUUAAUAAACAUGUUACCCAAAACAGCAGCGUGAACUUCAAACUGUGGAGGCUAUGAUGCUAGAACCGAGCUGAAGAGGCAAAUCCAAAUAAACUGUUUUACUUACCUAAAAGAGUGUUAGCUACUCACAUGACGCUGGAAAUAUUCAAAAUGGUUUUGAACAAAAAUAUCAUGUUAGAGAGUCAAACCGGCGGCAGAUUUUAUGUAGUGGAUGGUAACGACAUUUCUACCUUAAGAGAAAUUUCCAGAUUUUUAUCUUUAGUUUUGCAUUUGGCUGUGAACUUAAAGCUUUUAAAAAAUCUUUGAUGUGAUCGUGUGCUUACCUUUCUGUUAGAGCCGGUAUGAGAUCCUCAUAGUGUUUGAACCUUGAGGAAAACAAAAAUGUCAGGCAUUACACAAAAUUGAAAAAUAAAGUACAUUUUAUUUAAUGCAGAAACAAUUUAUUCUGUCAUUCCUUUAAAAAUAACUAAUUGAUUAUUAAAUUAGAAUAAUUUUCCAUUACUUUUAUUCAUUAUUUUAAAUGUGCUUUUUCAACAACAUGUUAUUCAUUUUUGACUUUCUGCUCUUUAUAGAAGAAUAUAAAUGCAAAAAUCUGAUAUUAGCUGGUUAUUUAGUAAGGAUAUCAAAUUGUAUAGAGACAUAAUAGAGACAUAAUAGAUAUGCAACUCAUAGCUCGCUAAUUGAAGUUUAAAACUGUUUAAUAGGAAUGACUGGAGAAACUCUGUUAGGUUCCAUCUGCUCGUACUGGCAGCAUUCUAAACAACCAGAUCUGUCUUUUCUGUUGUUACAAAGGCAAGGUGUACUGGGCCUUCUUUGGCUCAGGAGUGCGCAGCAACAGGUGGGGAAGGGGGAGUGUUGUGCAAUUCUAUUCUCCAUACAGCCAGACUAAACUUACAAUGGUCUGGUAGUUUCUCAGCCUUAAACUUUUAACGCCAGUGUAAUGAAACAUGUUAGUAGUUUGUGAAACUGGUUAAUCCCGAAUCACAAGUUGGUUCUCUUGCUGAAUCAACAGUUGAUGUGGCUUCAAAUGUUGAACUUUUCUGAAAUCUAGAAUAUGUGUUGAACUUAAGAAAUACAAGCAAAUGACUUCUUUUUAUUACCUCCAUGUUUUUUAGAAAGUCCAUUUGAUGGGAUUAUUGAUUCUUUAGAACCUUUGAGCUUAUUGGUCUGGAAUUUGCUAAAGAAAAAAAAAAUCCCCAAAGACCUGCAGACCACACACUGUCCUCUGGGAUUAACUGCCAGAUAUUUCCUGCGUUAUCCAUGUAGCUGUGACAUUAAACUGGUUGUUACCCUCACUGAUAGAUUUGAACAUAAACAUGAUUUCACAUCCUGGUCUAGAGACUUGAUGGGUUCCGAAUGAUCAGUUUACACAAGAACAAAGGAGGUACGGUAGUUUGUUAGUGUUCAUCAAAUGAAUGUGUCGUAAUUUGAACAAAAAGGUAUUACCUGCUUUACAUUACUGACUGCCAGCAAGAGCAUUGUUUUCUUUUGUCUAAGAUCAAUUAUUGUACCUGCUGGCCAAAUGAUGGGCUCUUUGUGCUUUAGCUGCUUCAUAUUUCUCCACUGUUUGCUGUGGUUCUGGUGACUAGCAGGAUUCUACCAUGACAAACUGUGGUUGCACAAUAUGACAAAGCAGUCCGCUGUAAUCCAGGGCACCAUGGGGGAUUUUUAUCCCUCUCAGAGGAACCCUUCAGGCUGACACACUGUAACUGAAACUCCCAAAGCUUGGCUUAAGUCAUGACAGGAAUAAAAUUAACUGUGUGCAUGGAUAAUUGUUUUAUAUGAGAAACUGACUUGCUGUAAAGGAAAAGUACAAUCAAACCAUAAACCCCCCUAAGAAGAUAAAUGAUUUUUACUGAGCUGUCAAAUAUUGACCUGGUGGUUUAUACAUUGGGCCAAAUCACAAACAGAGAACACCCUCCAUAAAGUACCUUUUACUCUUAUAACUAACUUUAAUCAAUGUCAUGAGUUGUUAGUGAAGCAUUCUUUAUUGCUUUUUUUGUUUUUUUCAGUAAGGUUUUGAAGGGUGUGUAUGAGCAGUCAAUGUCUCACUGCAGUAGAUAUUGGUUUGAGAAAUCCAUGAUUGGAGAAUAUUUGCAGACUUCCCAAAAACUGGAAAUGUUUAGAACAUUUUUAGCUUAGUGCUGCUCAGUUAACUAAGUAGUAGAAUAACAGUCAUCUUAUUUAGCCAAAAACAAAAAAAAUCCCUUCUUCUUUUCAAAGAUGGUGUAAUCUAGAGGGGUGAAAGUGUUUUAAUGAACGACUCCAACAUUUUUAGAGUGCUAUUCAGCUAAGUAGAUAAGCAAUUGCUUAGCAGUUGGCUUGGCUAGCCAAAAAAAGUUCCAUUUUUCUUUUCAAAGAUUAGCGUUACUUAGAAGUGUGAAGGUGCUUAAUAAACCAAAAACAGGGAGUUAGUUACUUGCAUAAACUUGCAUUAAUUUCCUACUCGACAUCCUGUCAUGAGUCUGAUCUGACCACUGUCUGACCACUGUCUACUCCAGUUAAGACAUCUGGAAACUGUAGUCCAUGACUGCUGACACAUUCACUGUGGGGAAAGUCCAAAACUCAGACUUUUCUCUCAUGAAGAAUUUCAACCAACCUUUAAAAGUUGACUAAUUUAUAAAUGAAGGACAAGAUGCCUACCGACUGAACCAAUUGGAUAUCGUUUCACUUGGUUCAUUUGCAGUGGAUUCCAGUGCAAUCCUUUACUAUAGAUUAAGCAGAUAGCUAGAUGUACAGUGUCUUUUUAGAAUGGUAGCUAGCUAAUUCUCAGGAAGCUGUGUACUAAGUACUGUAUUAAAGGCUCAUUAUGGAAAUUACAAACAAAACAAGUCAAAAAUAAGAGUGACUUGAUGAGGUCAUCAUUUAAUUGAUGAGUUGCUUCACUCUGGGUCUUUUGAUGAAGUGUAGACUAGAUUAGCACUGAUGAUGUUUUUCUUUCUGGGCCUUUAAGACAAUAUGAUAACAGCCCUUAUGCUGAAUCUAAUGAUGCUGUCUAUGGAGGCUCUGCACAGACCCCUGGCUUAUGUCACUCCACUGUCGUAGUGUAAAAGUGCUGGGCCCUCAUUCAAGAGACGUUUAUUUCUGUUUAACCUUGAAUUAUCUGUGCAAACAUAAAAAAAAAUAAAUGAAAAAAAAACAGACAAACAUUCGCAGUGAAACUCAACCAUUUGGUAAAGAAUACUCAUACUUGCUUUUGAUGUUUGUUUAGUUAUCUGAGCAGAAUUUGUAUACUGUUCCAUACGAAGGGCUGCGUUAAGCAGUCAGUCAUGUUUCUCCCACAUUGUAGCCUGCAUCUGUCAUUUGUUUUGGGAGGGUUUUUUUCCCACAGGCCCAGGACAUAAUUUCAUAACAUAUUAACAGUUAGAAUAUAAAGAAAACAAAACAGAGAGGCCUCUGUGGUCAUGUGAGGCUUCCGAGAAUCAGUACCUGUACGAUCGUCGUUCUGGUCUUUUUUCUGGGUACUUUGGUUCCUGAAGACUUGACAAUGAACCUAAGGGAAAAAAAAAAGAACCUUAAAAAGGAACUGAAAAUACCUUAACCCUGAUGAGCACAUAUUUGUACCACUCCAGGUGCCUCUAAGAACUCUUGAAUUAAUUCUGAUGUGGUGCAGAACCAGCAAAACAAGUAGUGGCACGGUAGUUUUUUUUUUUCUACUACAGGCUGAGCUCUGAAACGAGAUGGUUAUUUAAAGAUUUGAGGUCAAUUCAGUUUCAAACCAUGAAAUUAAAACAAAGUCGAAUUAAUUACCUCACUUUGUAUAGAACGUAGGAGUAAAAAACAUAUAUUUUUAUUUUCAAUUGUCAAUUGGACUCCAAAGCUGAAUUCGCCUCAGUCUAGAACUGUGGGAUCAUUUAAUGAUGUGAAAAAGACUGAGAGGCUGUUAAGAGUCGGUGAGAAGUAAUUUCUGAUUUCUAGCUACAAACAAAAUGUUUGUGGAUUAUGUAAAUGUCAUGGACAUGUCAAUGAUUUAUCAUCUUUUUAUCAUGCAAUAUCAUAUAUAAAGAUGUAUUGUGUGGGGCGGGAGAGAUUGGGAACAAAAAAAAGAAUAAUGUUCAGUGACUUAUGUUAGUCUAGUUGACUUUCUGUUAACUCCUGAAAUGCAGAUGUUGCCAAAAUACCAUAAACUAUCAUGUGUUAUCAUGAGAGAAAAAAGAAAAAAGAAUCAGUUUUGCUUUUGUACAACAAAAUAAUGAUAUACAGAUAUUUGUCAUGUAUUUCUGAUGAGAUCUUUGUUUUUAUGUGUUUAUCACAGACUCUUCUGUUCUGUUACGGUUUUACUUUCAAAAAUAUUUAGGUAUGAAAUAUGACGGUUCCUUGGUCUGAUGAGACCUAAAAACCCUCGAUUCAGUUUGGACUCGCUAAUGGGCCGCUGCUUUUUGAGAUCCCAAUGCCCAAAACGUUUGAAAACUAAAAAAGGAAGGAGAAGUCUGUUUCUCCAGUUGCUUGAUCGUGUACGAGUGCAGAGUCUCGAAGGGGCCUGUCGCUCGCCACGGUUAAGGGUGACAUAUUGAUUUUGAUUCGAAAAUUGUGUCUAAUUCCUAUUUGUGAAUAGUAUUCAAUCUCACAGUGAUGAGAAAUUCUGUUAUUAAAACACAUUUUGAAAAAGGUAAUUAAAGAUAUUUUACAUUCAAAA